AUGGAAACCGUUGCAGCCUCCACAGAAACGGUCAAGAGUGAAGCCGCAGCAGCACCAGAGAAAGUGUCUAAUGUGUCAACACAGGCAAGAGAGGUAAUGGACAAUGUUUUAUCAAAAGGUUUUGAAGGACUCAACACCUUGCUUCAUGGUUUUGAGGAGAAGAAGACUGAUAUUUCCUCCAAGAUCGUUGACGUUGCUACCAAGGCUGUUGCUGGUGCAUCGAGCAGCACCACCGUCGCAAGCCGAGACGUUCCUAUAUCCACAGACAAUCAGGUCACAGAUUUAAAGCAAAACUCUCUCUAUUCUCAAAACUAAAUAAAAACUUAAAUUGUCUCUU